GAUGACGAAACACCACGCGGCUGGAAAGCAACCCCAGCGUACCACCAUCCCACCGCCCCUGGGAAUGCACCCAUCGAUUCCUUGAGAGCCUCUCAUUUCUCUACUCUUGAAACACUACCCUGCCGUACGACGGUACCGUAUUUGAACGACAUCCAUAUCCAAAGUCGCCUCCGCUCGACCCCCCGACCGACGACGUGCCCAUCAGCGAACAACUCUCCGCCGACAACACGCCGGCUUUAUCAUCGCUCCCGCGACAUCGACAGCAGCAUAAAAUAAACGCCAUAGAUAAUCUAUUCGUCAUGCCCCCUCCACCGCCGCCGCCGCCGCCUCCGAUGCCUGCGAUGGGUGGCCCUCCGCCGCCACCUCCUCCGCCAGGAGGUCCUCCGGGAGCUGGCGCUCUGCCUGCUAGACCGCCUGGAGGGGCGAACAGAGGAGCUCUUCUCACCGAUAUCACCAAAGGCAAGGCCCUCAGGAAAGCCGUUACGAACGAUAGGUCCGCCCCGAUAGUUGGACAGUCAUCCGGCGGCCCAGGGGGCCCGCCUGUAGGAGGCGCACCACCAAUUCCAGGCUUGGGAGGUCUACCCAAACCUCCCGGUGGAUUGGCCCCUCCGGUGCCGGGAAAUCGAGCUAGAAGCAACAGUGACCAGAGCGGAAGGGAAAGCACACCUGCGCCGCCGAUGGAGGCGGCACCACAGCUUGGUGGUCUGUUUGCUGGCGGCAUGCCAAAGCUACGCAAAACUCGUGGAGCUGUCGACACGGGCGCUUCUGCGGACUCUUCGUACCUCUCGGAUCCUGAGAGCAACGUGCGAUCAUCCUCGGCGCCGAAGCCACCGACUUUCGGGGCGCCAAAGCCUCCAGGAGGUGCGGCGCCGGCCCCUCCGGGAAGACCGCCUCUACCUCCCCCCACCGCUGCCCCGGCACUACCGCCAUCGAUCGCCAACCUGCGCAAGACGACGAGCGAUGUACCCAGACCGGGCUCGUCAGCAUCGAUGAAAGGACCCCCGCCUCCCAUCGGCAAGAAGCCUCCACCACUGCCUGCAUCCCGGAAGCCUUCUUCCACGCCCUCCAGCCAUCCACCCCCAGUACCAGGUGCACCAGCUCCUGGAGCCCCUCCUCCUCCUCCUCCGUCAAAUGCUCCAGCACCUCCUCCGCCCGCGCCCCCCUCGGCACCCCCAUCAGCACCCCCCUCGGCGCCGCCGCCCCCCCCUGCCGCUGCUGCACCUCGAGCUCCAGCGCCGUCACCACCCUCACGAUCCCCAGCACCUCCGCCGCCUCCACCAGCAUCGAAUGGGUCUUCACCGCUGGCAAUGCAAGCUGCCCUGCGAGCAGCCGGGCAAGCAUCUCCCGGUGCUGCUCCCCCGCCACCUCCUUCAAACGCACCAUCACCCCCCGCUGCUGCACCCCCCCCGCCAGCCGCUCCCCCUUCAAGGGCCCGCGCCGGUUCCGGCCUUCGUUCGUCCAUGCUGGACCCAAGUGCUUUCACUCUGGCUCCCAACGGUGCAAAGAGCCCUAGUCCUACACGAUCUAACACGACGGCCAGUCUGCACGCCGGUGGAGGAGGCGGCGGCGGAGGUGGUCAACGGUACAUUGUUCAAGAUCCACGGUGGAAGUUUCAAGACGAGGCUAUGCUACCAAAGCCAAGGGAUUUCGUCGGCGGUCCUCGACGCUACAGGGCUGGCAGAGGUAGCAGUGUUCCCCUUGACUUGAGCGCUCUGUGAGGAGCUCAUCAUAGGCGGUGUCCUCUUCGCGGCCUGGUCAGCAUCAGGGGCCUUAUCAAACUUUAGGUCUAAAGUGACGGACAUUCUCCGCCAAUAUACAUGAUUCAAGCAAUCAACUGCUGGAUGAGUCCGAGUGGGAAUGUGUUCCCUACCGCAGCAUCCAAUGUUACCAUAAACGAUCCUACUUAAGAAAGCAUUCGAGCAUUUGAACGAUCCGCUUCCCUCGGUGGUUCUAUUGAUAGAACGCAGGGUCUCAGCAAGGCGAGGGCGUCAAGUCAGGACGGAGAUUCAGGCUUGGGGAUCCAUGGUAGUACAAGCAUCUGUCAAGCCUUGGUCAAGCAUUUUCGCGUCGGGGUUUCUGAGGGCGUCUCCGCAUCGGGCUUUUCUCUUGGAAACGCGUCGGGCCUUGGCGAAAAGGUCGAGUGAGACGCGACCAGAUCGCCCGGUUCGCAUUCGCACGUCUCGUGUCUUUUUCCUCGGAGGCCAUGGAUUUCUCAAUCGUCACCACACGCACUUGGAAACCUGCUUCUAUCGCUGCCUGGGGAGUGUGGUCAUCAGAAGGGCCGCUCGAGGGUGUGAGGUUCGAAAGAGAAAAAGAAAAGUUAGAAGGGCUUAGCAAACGCAAGAAAACUUUAAGGUGGAGGGGCCAUCACAUUGAUCCCUGAUAAGAGAGUGGAGGAAGACGAUACAUAGCAUCGUGCUAGCGAUUUCACCCCUCUGUUUUGUCUCGUCAUCGGUCGUUCGCUAGAUAACUCCUCGUAGAAAUUGAUCAAGAUGAGGAUCCAAAAAUAACUCGGGCGCGCGUGACUUGUUGCCUAAACGGGAGGGGGAAGGGGGUAUGGAUGGAUGGGUCGUGC